UUUCAUCUCAGCUUCUACAAGCUCCACAUCAACUGUGCCACACCAUGGAUUCAGGGUUUUUCUCUCCUCUCGUAUUCCUGGUUAUAUUGUCGAUCCAGAACCAUUUUCAUGUUAGGGCUUUUCCAUCAGUGCCUUUGUCAAAUCUCAUUACAAAUGCUGUGAACCGGGCCCAGGACCUUCAUCUGCUGGCUGCAGACACAUACCGGGACUAUGAACGUACCUACAUCCCAGAAGACCAGAGACAUUCAAAUAAAAAUUCCCGCGCUGUAUAUUGCUAUUCAGAAAGCAUCCGUGCCCCAUCAGACAAGGACAAUACCCACCAAAAAUCUGACAUGGAGCUACUGCGCUUUUCACUGACCCUCAUUCAGUCCUGGCUAAAUCCCGUGCAAGUCCUCAACAGAGUAUUCACCAACAACCUAGUUUUCGGGAACGCAGAUAACACGGUGUAUGAAAAGCUGCGAGAUAUGGAAGAAGGGAUCCUGGCCCUGAUUAGAGAAAUGGAAGAAGGGAACGCUCGUAGCUAUGACCUCAUGAGACUCACCUACGAUAAAUUCGACAUUAACCAGCGCAGUGACAAUGCUUUGGUGAAAAACUAUGGUCUUUUGUCGUGUUUCAAAAAAGACAUGCACAAAGUUGAAACUUACUUGAGGGUCAUGAAGUGUCGGCGGUUUGUUGAGAGCAACUGUGCAAUUUAAAUAUCCUUUUCAGGAUAAUAAUUUUACGCCAUUCCCUUUCCAGCCAGAAUCUCGUAACAAAUAUUGGGAUAUUGUCACUAGUUUAUCUCGCAGAAAGAGGAUAAUCGUUUAAUUUAAGUAGCAUUACUUUUACUAUUCUAGCCUGAAAAAAAAAAAGAAAACUGUGUGUGUCGCUUGUGCUUAUAAAUAUAUAUUGUAUUAUCCGUGUAAAAUUGUUGUACAAGGAGCGUCAAUAUGAAAACAAAUAAA